AUGGAGACUCUGUUGGCGCAUUCAUUCGAUUACCUCUCUUCUUAUGAGACAGGUAAGAUCAGAAAGGGUUUGCGCCAGGUUGAGGGCUUGUUAGCCCAAAUCUGCUUAUCCAAGUCCAAACUGAAGCCUGACAGACGAAAGUCUUACUUGGCUACGGAGGAGCAGCCGGUGCCCAAGGGACUGUCAGAAUUGCGCGAUGAUCCGGCCUUUCGUGAAUUUUUCAAAUUGCAAGAAGGCUUUCAAUGGAAUGUUGCUAUGCGAUUAGUUUCUUGCCUCGAGCGACUUCUCGGUCGUGGAACCAGCGGCACGAAUGAUAUCUUGAUCGUCUGUACUCUAGACCUUAUUCAAGGCGCAUUGCUCCUCCACCCGCCGUCGCGAACUCUCUUCGCACGUGAAAUCUACAUGAACCUCCUUCUCGACCUUCUAGAUCCGAUAAAUUGCCCGGCAAUCCAAUCCGCUACUCUCCUCACACUCGUCACGGCCCUAAUUGACUGCCCUGUCAAUACGCGCACAUUUGAAGACCUGGAUGGCCUACUCACCGUGACAUCGCUGUUCAAGCAGCGUGCUACAUCUCGAGAGGUCAAACUCAAACUCGUCGAGUUCUUAUACUUCUACCUUAUGCCCGAAACUCCCAUAUUGAGCCCAAAUACAGGCAUCGGCGCAAAUUCCAGUGCCAUUGCCAGUCCAACAGCGUUGCAACGCAUCCCGAGUAAAAUGCCUUCGCGGCCACAGAGCUCGCAUACGAAUGCGUCUGGGCCAACUAGCAAGGUACUUCGCGAUACACGGACAACAGACGAGAAGCAAGCUCUCUUGGGUCGCUAUCUGAAUAAUGUUGAGGACCUCGUCGAGGAUCUCAAGGAAACGGCUCCGUUCGGCGCGACGGUAUAUUAA